GAGUCGUGUUCAAAGACAACUUAACCGCUUAUCCGCUUACGCCUAUGGAGUACGAAUACUGCGAUAGGCACUAGUGGAUUGGGCACUAGGCACCAAAAGCUAAGUAUUAUUAGUGCGACGGGCUGCGCGCGGACUGUUACCGUGAGAAUUUGUAGAAUUACAUAUUAAACAGUGUUCAGUGAUUUAAAUAGGUGCUAUUAAGUUUAAGUUGAAAAAUAUUAAUUUACACUACAUUGAAAAAUAUAUGUUGAAAUAGUGAAAAUCUGACAACUUUAUGGCAGUUACAACCCGGUUAUUAUAACCACAACUUGUGACAAUGUCUUAUAAUUCCACGCUUGACGGCUUCUGUGGAACACCUUUUUGGAAUACCAGUGCGACGUGGGACACGGAAAACCCGGAUCUAACGCCAUGCUUUCAAAAAACAGUCCUCGUUUGGGCGCCGUGCCUGUUCCUGUGGGUGUUCGCUAUACUUGACAUCUACUACAUCCUGCACAGCAAAGAAAGGAACAUACCAUGGAACAUUCUGAACAUCAGCAAGCUCGUCAUAACGUGCCUUUUAAUCGUGUUGAAAUUUGUCGAUCUAGGCGUCGCAGUGCACACCUCGUCAAAUGGAGAGGAGAAGGUCUACAACGCCGAUUAUUACAGCCCCAUCAUCAAAAUAUUGACCUUUGGUUUAUCAGCUACAUUACUAUACUACAAUAGAAAAUUCGGCAUGAGGGCGUCAGGAGUGCUUUUCUUCUUUUGGCUGCUGUUAAUUUUAGCAGGAUUGCCUCAGCUUAGGUCGGAGAUUAUAAUGCAUUAUAAUUCGCCCGACGACGAAAACGUCAAGUAUAAUUUUGUCAGUUUCAUGGUCUACUAUCCAUCGAUAGUGCUUAUGUUUCUGCUCAACUGCUUCGCUGACUUGCCUCCUAAACACACGCCCUAUAAAUACGAAAAGAACCAAUGUCCUGAAAGCGGAGCCGGCUUCCCAAGCCGCCUUACGUUCAGCUGGUUCGACCCGCUCGCGUUGACAGGAUUCCGCAGAAGUUUAACCGAAAGCGAUCUGUGGGCGCUCAACCCACCAGAUUCUAGCACGGAAGUUGUACCGAAAUUCGACAAAUUCUGGGAACGUUCUCUCAAGAAACGUGAACUUUCCAGUGGAGCCAAAGCCACCUAUCGCAAAACAUCAGCCAGUGUGAACUUUAAACCCGAGAAUGAAAAGAAGCCGGCCUCAAUACUGCCGGCUUUGUGCCUCGCGUUCGGCGGACAGUUCUUGUUCGGUGCCUUUUUGAAAUUAGUUAACGACACUCUUAUGUUUCUAUCGCCCCAGCUACUCAAGCUGCUCAUAGGUUUCGUGGAAGGCAACGAACCGGACUGGAAAGGAUACCUGUACGCAGUGGCAUUACUUGUGUGUGCCAUAGCUCAGACAUUACUUCUGGCGCAUUACUUCACCAGGAUGUACCUAGUGGGUAUGAGAAUACGAACGGCCCUCACCAGCGCCAUCUACCGGAAGUCGCUGCGUAUGUCCAACGCGGCGAGGAAAGAAUCUACCGUAGGUGAAAUUGUCAAUUUGAUGUCAGUCGACGCUCAAAGGUUCGUGGAGCUCACCGCGUACUUGAACAUGAUAUGGUCGGCGCCGCUGCAGAUAUCCCUGGCGUUGUAUUUCCUGUGGGGUAUUCUAGGGCCGUCGGUGCUGGCGGGUCUGGCGGUUAUGAUUAUACUGAUCCCGGUCAACGGACUCAUCGCGAACAGAGUGAAGACCCUACAGAUCAGACAGAUGAAGUACAAAGACGAAAGGGUCAAGCUCAUGAACGAAAUUCUUAAUGGAAUUAAGGUUCUCAAAAUGUACGCGUGGGAGCCUAGUUUCGAGGAUCAAGUACUCAAAAUAAGAAACAAAGAAAUGAACGUAUUGAAACAGACUGCGUAUCUCAACUCGGCCACUUCGUUCAUAUGGUCUUGCGCCCCGUUCCUGGUGUCGCUGAUGUCGUUUGGAUGCUUUGUAUUGGUAAACGAUACCGAAGUGCUGGACUCUAAGAGGGCUUUCGUAGCGUUGUCUCUUUUCAACAUACUGCGUUUCCCACUGUCAAUGCUGCCUAACGUUAUAUCGAAUGUUGUCCAAACAUCCGUCGGCAUAAAGAGAUUGAACAAGUUCAUGAAUUGUGAUGAAUUGGAUGAGAGCUCCAUCGAACACGAUCAGAAAGAGCCGCACCCGAUAGUGAUCGAGAACGGGCACUUCACGUGGGGCGCGCAGGACGCGGAGCCGGUGCUGCGCAACAUCGCGCUGCGCGUGCCGCGCGGCGCGCUCGUGGCCGUGGUGGGCGCCGUGGGCUCGGGCAAGUCCUCGCUGCUCGCCGCGCUGCUCGGCGAGAUGAACGCGCUGGCCGGCCGCGUCAACACCAACGGUAGUAUAGCGUACGUGCCACAACAAGCCUGGAUUCAGAACGCAACACUGCAAGACAACAUUCUGUUCGGCAAGGCGCUGGACCGCCACAAGUACAACACCGUCAUCAACGUGUGCGCGCUGAAGCCGGACUUCGAAGUGCUUCCCGGAGGAGACCAGACCGAGAUCGGAGAGAAAGGUAUCAACUUGUCCGGCGGUCAGAAGCAGCGCGUGUCUCUGGCCCGCGCGGUGUACUACGACGCAGACAACUACUUCCUCGACGACCCGCUCAGCGCCGUCGACUCGCACGUCGGCAAACACAUAUUCGAUAAGGUGAUUGGCCCCAAUGGGUUACUGAAGAGCAAGACGCGCGUGUGGGUGACGCACAACGUGUCGUACCUGGCGCAGACGGACCUGGUGGUGGUGCUGCGCGACGGCGAGGUGUCGGAGGCGGGCUCGUACCAGCAGCUGCUCGAGAAGAAGGGAGCCUUCGCAGACUUCCUGCUGCACCACCUCAGCGACGCCGAACGGACCUCGCCCGAAGAGUUGGAUGAGCUCAAACAAGACUUAGAAAACAAACUAGGCAGCGAAUUCCAGAACAAGCUUCAAAGAGCACGCUCAUUGUCGGAAAGUGCUUCCGAGUCUGAUCAAACGGCUGCAGGUGACCGCGCCGGCAGCGUUAAGAGGAAGACUCCGGAUGGCUUAACACAAAAGGAAUUGAAGGAAAAGAAUAAACUUAUAGAAGCUGAAAAAACUGAAACUGGCAGUGUAAAAUGGAGUAUAUACAAACACUACUUGAUGAGCGUGGGCGUGAUGGCGUCCGUGAUCACGGUGGUCAUGAAUCUGAUCCUGCAGGUGUUCCAGGUCGGCUCCAACUACUGGCUCGCCAAGUGGUCCAACGAUAAAGAUAUGGUAGUGAAUGGUACAGUAGACACGCAGCUGAGAGACAUGUACCUCGGCGUGUACGGCGGGCUCGGCGUCGGGCAAGUGGUGUCGGUGUCGGUGUCGUCGCUGGCGCUGUACCUGGGCACGCUGGCGGCGGCGCGCGCGCUGCACGCGGCGCUGCUGGGCGGCGUGCUGCGCGCGCCCUCCAUCGGGUUCUUCGACUGCACGCCCGUGGGCCGCGUGCUCAACCGCUUCAGCAAGGACGUCGACGUGCUCGACAAUGUGCUGCCGAUGACGCUGAGGGGGUGGACCUCCUGCUUCUUCUCGGUACGCAAAGCUUCCGCGUCGUUUUUCGCGGAUUUAAUGCCAUACUUGGCGUGCUGGCGGGCGGCGAAGAUCAUCCACGCCAACUUGUUGACCAAUGUGUUAAAGACUCCGUUGCAAUUCUUCGAAGUGACGCCAAUUGGCAGGAUCCUCUCUAGAUUCUCUAAAGACAUAGACGUGGUGGACACUUCGCUCCCCUCAGAGGCGUCCGACGUGAUAUUUUGCAUCUUCGAGGUAUUGGGAACCCUGUUCGUCAUAAGUUUGUCGACUCCAAUAUUCUUGGCUGUCAUCUUGCCGAUCGGGAUCUUAUACUACGUCAUCCAAAGAUUCUACGUGGCGACAUCAAGACAAUUGAAACGAUUAGAGUCUGUCUCUCGCUCGCCUAUAUACUCACACUUCGGCGAGAGCAUCACUGGUGCGUCGACUAUACGCGCUUAUGGAGUCACAGAAAGAUUCGUAAAUGAGUCAGAAAAUCGUGUGGACCACAACCAGUCGUGUUACUACCCGAGCUGUAUCGCUAACCGGUGGCUGGCCGUGCGGCUCGAGAUGAUGGGCAACUUCAUCAUAUUCUUCUCGGCCGUAUUCGCAGUGCUCGGCAGGAAGACCGUGAGCCCGGGGCUCGUCGGCCUAUCUGUCAGUUAUGCUCUACAGAUUACUCAAACAUUAAAUUGGCUCGUGAGGAUGACAUCGGAAGUAGAAACAAAUAUAGUCGCAGUGGAGAGGAUAAAGGAAUACGCAGAGACAACGCAAGAGGCGGCGUGGCACGCGGAGCCGGCGCCGGGCGCGGCGUGGCCCGCGACGGGCGCGCUGCAGCUGGAGCGCCUCACGCUGGGCUACCGCGCCGGCGAGCCCGCGCUGCGCGACCUCACGUGCGCCGUGGCGCCGCGCGACAAGCUCGGCAUCGUCGGCCGCACCGGCGCCGGCAAGUCCACGCUCACGCUCGGCCUCUUCAGGAUAGUAGAAGCCAUGGGCGGUAAGAUCUUGAUCGACGGCGUGGACAUAUCGACGAUCGGACUGCACCAGCUGCGCUCGCGCAUCACCAUUAUCCCGCAAGACCCCGUGCUGUUCUCUGGCACACUGCGCAUGAAUCUUGAUCCGUUUGAGGUCUAUACCGAUGAAGAGAUCUGGCGCUCGUUGGAGCAUGCCCAUCUCAAGACCUUCGUGCAAGGUCUGCAGGCUGGUCUACGGCACGAGGUAGCAGAGGGCGGCGAAAACCUGUCAGUGGGACAGCGGCAGCUCGUGUGUCUGGCGCGGGCGCUGCUGCGCAAGACCCCGCUCCUCGUGCUGGACGAGGCCACCGCCGCCGUCGACCUGGAGACCGACGAGCUCAUACAGAAAACUAUCCGGUCGGAGUUCGCGUCGUGCACGGUGCUGACGAUCGCUCACCGUCUCAACACCAUCAUGGACUCGACAAAGGUGAUGGUGUUGGACCGCGGGCAGCUCGUAGAGUACGCCCCGCCCGAACAACUUCUCCAGGACAAGAACUCAAUCUUCUACAGUAUGGCUAAAGAUGCAGGACUUGUCAACUAACAUCCUACAGACAUCUCAUGAAUGCUAUAAGUGCUAACAAAUUCGUAGCACGUGUAAGAAUUUUUACUUAAUUUUUAGAAUAAAUACAAACACCCGGCCGUCACACAUAAUAGCCCUAACUAUGUAUUAACAUAAAAGUAGGGAUGUUAUGGAUAUGAAAUUUCGGAUCCUGAUACGGAUAUGGAUACAGGAAUAAAAUGAUAACGAAUAUGAAAUUAUUUCGGAUUAUCCGUUAGUUUUGGUUACGGAUAUUAGGUUAAAGUAAAAAAAAAAUAGUACAUACAGUGCUCCUCUUGACCGUGAAAAGUUUUAUCACACUGUUUACAUUUUGAAAAAUUUACAUUAGCUUGAUCAAAAAAUGACCAAAUUAAACUCGACUUUGGACGCAUUUUGUCUUUAUAAAUCAAUUUAGUACGAAGCAUAACAACUUUUUCUUCAUUUUAUUAAAUUAAGUAGAUACCUGGUCAUAAAUACAAACAUGAUUAUUUAUGAAUAAUGUUAUGUUAUGACUAAAAAUAAGCAAACUAUGCAAGAUUCACGUGGCGCGCGAGCGGUAAAAUAAAAAUCAGUCGUAACAUAUUAUUCGUAACUUAUCCGAAACUUUUGUAACGGAUACGGUUACGGAUAUAUUUUUAUUUCGGAUAUCCGAUAGUUACCGUUACAGUUACGGGGCUCCAUAACAUCCCUGCAUAAAAGUAUUGGGUCGGCAUCAAACAUUAUGAGAGUCUGACCUCUAGACACCUGAACUUGAAACAUAAUAUAUUUGUAUUCAUAAAAAAAAAUAUCCGAAGUUAAACGCCCGGAUAUGUUUCAGGCCAGACUGAAUUAUUUUGUUUUCUAUGAUCGAUUGCCCAUUUGAAAGGCCACUAAUGAGAGUAACAACGCAAUUGGUAAUACUCUGGAUCAUUCACAACACUUGGCAGCUCAACUUGAAUUUAUAGUAUAUAUCGGUCACCCACUUUACUUACAUAGUAACCUAUGCUUGUUUUCACUGACCGCGACUGUAGGAAUAUCUUUAACAUUACAUUAUAACUAGACUAAGGCAUACCAUCCAUAUAGUUUUCACGUCGGCAUGUUCAAUUCAGUAUUAUGUAAGAUAAGUAUCUAAUUUCAUAUUGAGUUCGCGCAAAAACAACGAUGAUCGUUUUUUUAAACCUCUUCAUCUACACAUUAGCAACAAGAUGAUACGUGUGUCAAAAUGCGUUAAAACUACCUUAUGAAGACUAUAAAUACAUCCGACACGCAACCAGGAUUGCUAUUCCUCGACUGUGCCAAAUAUCAUAAACUUGAGUAAUACAUACCAAUUCAUUGAAAACACUUUGCCACAACUAUCUUUUCACCAACUGAUUAUAACAAGGUCCAUUAUAAACUUAUAGGUAAGGUUUAUUAAAAACUAUUUACCAUAAACACAUGAACGCGAGCAAAUCGUAGAUACAACACCAUAUUUAAAAGAUGCAGUUUUAUGUUAUAUUAGCUAUGCAAAAUGCACAAUGUAAACAUCUUACUCAUCUAUCAUACAUGCCUGAUAUUACAAUCGAAGAUCACAAAUGAUUGCUCGCGGCUUCAAGUGCUGAAAUCGUAUGCCAUAACAUUAUCUUCUAUAAGGUGCUUGAAAUGAAUUAAUUAAUAUAUUGUGUUAUUAACCAAAUUAUAAUUAGUCAUUUCCGUUAUACUCAACCAUCGGUAAUUACGUUUUGCUGUUGGUGAUAUAUGUUAAAACUUUUAAGUGUUUACCGAUUAACUAUACUGCUUUCCUAUAACAAAAUAUCCAGUGAAAACAAGCCAUACAUACUACCUAGAAUUAAAAAAUCUCUAAAUAAUUUAACACCAAAUUCAAACCUAAUGCAAUUAUAGGUUACAUAUUUAUUAAUUAAUGUGUGUAAUUAAAGUGGUUAACCUAUGAAUUUAUUUUUAAGUAAACAUAAAGUAGCAUUAAUUAUGUUGCGUUCGAAAUACUUAAACAUCACUGUUGCAUCCACAUUGUACUUAGUAUUUAUUGUUAGGAUUAUAGUGUCAACAAAAUACUAAACAUUUUAUUGUUUAAGAGAGAAUGAAUUUAUUCUUAAGUAUAUUUGUAUUUCAUAUUAAAUACAAUUGGAACCAGUUAUUUACUUAAAUCAUGUACUUAAAGAUAUUUUAAUAUCAUACGACAUUUCAGGGAUAACUCAAAUUUCCAUUCAUGUGGUGGGCAAAAAUAUGGACAGCUUUAUCCUUUCAUCACAUUAAGCAGUACUUAUCUAUCGAAAACUGUUUUGUUGUAGAUGUACUCAACGCCGUUCCACUACCAUAUUUCAACGCUAGUGACCACUGACCACUCACUAGUGACCACCAUACGUAGAAAAGUAGAAUAAUAUACUGGUAACUAAAGUUCAAUAUUUGCAGAGUAAUUACAGGCAUUUAUAUUUAAGACAUCACCUUUACUUUAGUUAGAGGGUAUAGUGAUAAUAACUAAAAACACAUGCAUUUAAUGUUCCGUUUUUAUUAUAUAUUAUUUGUUGAUUGUAAUAUAACUGUUAAAGUUACCACAAGCAGACACUGCCGUUCAUGUGUUUAACAUAUUUGAUAAAUUUUAGACUGUAGUUGAUUAGUAAUAUAAACAUAUUGUAUUUAAUUGUAGAUAUUGACAAUGCUAAAUUUGAGAUUUUAUAAAAUAAUUUUUACUAAUAUUUUUGAUCACAAUAUGUGUAACAUUGAACUUGUUAAUUACAGUUAUAUUUGAAUUUGUUUAAUGAUUUAAUCACUUAUUAAGAGGUACACAAUUGUUUUAAUUUUAAUGACAAACCAGGUUUGUUCAUAGCAUUAUAGAGAUUUGAACAUGAUUCUGUGGUGUAAUGUUAUGAUGUCCAUUUUAUAAAUAGUGUUAUGUACAUAGUAACUACCAGUGCAAUGUACAGUCUGUAAAAACUUGUCUCUAUACAUUUCCCAAUAAAUAGAAUAUAAGUAGGUAGUUUUACAUAUGUGCCUAUUAAAUUAUUUAAGAUAUCUUGUUUCUUAAUCAGUAUCAGUUAGAAUGUAUUUUUUUUAUUAAAGGUAACAGAUUCUGUAAUGAGUUUAGCAUUAAGUCUAUAAUUGAUGAUUAACCUUGUUAUGAACAAUACUAUAAUUAUAUUAAUAUUCAAAAUUAUCAAUAGUAGUCGCGAACUUAUUUUACUUAUUAUUUAAGUACUUAUUUUUUGUUACUUGCCUUUAUUUGUCUAAGUAAAAUACACUUUUUAAAUUA